UGUUCGUUGGGGAUUCAACAUGGCGGCGGCACUAGCCGCGGUGGCAGCGGCGCAGGAGAGCUGAGGGCGGCGCGAGGGCGCAGAAUUCUGGACCGAAUAGCGAGGUUGUGAGGUACUGCGGCGCCGAGCCGGAAGACCAGUACCGGGAUACAGGAGAAGUAGGGCAGGAGGGCCUGAAGGACCAAUGCCUGGAACCACCCUGGGCUCUGAGUGUGGCAGCCCUGACCUCCUGUAGAUGAGUCGCUUUGGGUUCCUGCUUUGCAAGAGCUAUAGUCCUGAGUGAAGAGCUGCCAUCCACGUGGCUUCAAGAUGAGUAACCCGAAGCCCAGAGAGGAGACAUCACCUGCCUGAGGGCCCUUCUAGCCCAUCCAGCCUCAAACCAGCGCCCUUGAGUGCAGAGGCCCCAGCACCAUGUUUGGGAAGAGGAAGAAGCGAGUAGAAAUCUCAGCACCCUCCAACUUCGAGCACCGAGUGCACACGGGCUUUGACCAGCAUGAACAGAAGUUCACAGGGCUGCCCCGCCAGUGGCAGAGCCUGAUCGAGGAGUCGGCUCGCCGGCCCAAGCCCCUUGUGGACCCCGCCUGCAUCACCUCCAUCCAGCCCGGGGCCCCUAAGACCAUCGUGCGGGGCAGCAAAGGUGCCAAGGAUGGGGCCCUCACGCUGCUGCUGGAUGAAUUUGAGAACAUGUCGGUGACACGCUCCAACUCCCUGCGGAGAGACAGCCCACCGCCUCCAGCGCGAACCCGCCAGGAGAACGGGGUGCCAGAGGAGCAGGCUACCACGGCCAGAGCAGGCCCUGACAAGGCUGGUGGCCGAAGCCGAGUCACCACUCACACUGAGGCGGGGGCCGGCAGUGGUGAUAGGCGGCGAGUAGGGCCAGAGAAGAGGCCCAAGUCCUCCAGGGAGGGCCCUGGAGGGGCCCAGGAGAGCUCCCGAGACAAACGCCCCCUGUCCGGGCCUGAUGUCAGCACCCCCCAACCUGCCAGUCUGGCCAGAGAGGCGAAACUGGUGCCUGGCAGGCCCUUUAACACGUACCCACGGGCUGAUACGGACCACCCGUCCCGGGGUGCCCAGGGGGAGCCUCACAAUAUGGCCCCCAAUGGGCCAUCCAUGGGGCCUUUGGCCGCCCCCCAGUCCUCUUCCUCCCGGCCUCCUGCCCGGGGCCGCGGUGCUCCCAGCCCUGGAGUGCUGGGCCCCCAUGCCUCAGAACCCCAGCUAGCCCCUCCAGCCCAUGCCCUUGCUGCCCCUGCCGCACCCCCAGCCCCUGGACCCCCUGGACCCCGUUCACCCCAGCGGGAGCCCCAGCGAGUAUCCCAUGAGCAGUUCCGGGCUGCUCUGCAGCUGGUGGUAGACCCAGGGGACCCUCGCACCUACCUGGAUAACUUCAUCAAGAUUGGCGAGGGCUCCACAGGCAUCGUGUGUAUUGCCACUGUGCGCAGCUCAGGCAAGCUGGUGGCCGUCAAGAAGAUGGACCUGCGUAAGCAGCAGCGGCGGGAGCUGCUCUUCAAUGAGGUGGUGAUCAUGCGGGACUACCAGCACGAGAACGUGGUGGAGAUGUACAACAGCUACCUGGUGGGGGAUGAGCUCUGGGUGGUGAUGGAGUUCUUGGAGGGCGGCGCCCUUACCGACAUCGUCACCCACACCAGGAUGAAUGAGGAGCAGAUUGCCGCCGUGUGCCUGGCUGUGCUUCAGGCCCUGUCUGUGCUCCAUGCCCAAGGUGUCAUCCACCGGGACAUCAAGAGUGACUCGAUCCUGCUUACCCAUGAUGGCAGGGUGAAGCUGUCCGACUUUGGGUUCUGUGCCCAGGUGAGCAAAGAAGUGCCGCGGAGGAAGUCCUUGGUGGGCACACCCUACUGGAUGGCCCCCGAGCUCAUCUCCCGCCUUCCCUACGGGCCAGAGGUGGACAUCUGGUCACUGGGGGUAAUGGUAAUAGAGAUGGUAGACGGGGAACCCCCCUACUUCAAUGAACCACCCCUCAAAGCCAUGAAGAUGAUUCGGGACAACCUCCCACCCCGACUGAAGAACCUGCACAAGGUAUCACCAUCUUUGAAGGGCUUCCUGGACCGCCUGCUGGUUCGAGACCCAGCCCAGCGCGCCACGGCAGCCGAGCUGCUGAAGCACCCGUUCCUGGCCAAGGCAGGGCCACCCGCCAGCAUUGUGCCCCUAAUGCGCCAGAACCGCACCAGAUGAGGCCCAGGCUCUGGCCCUGCACCAAAGAGCCCUGGUCGCCUGCCUGCCGGAUGCCAAUGGGCUGGCCUGCUCCUCCCAGCCCAAGAGACACUCCGUGCAGCACCGCCCUCCUUGCAGGGCCUUCUAGGGUCCCUACUACUGAACUGUACUUUGGAUUUUGUGACUGUAGAGACUCCUGGGAGUGGUGAGGUUCCUGGGACACCCCCGGGUCAGUUCCUCUCAUGUUCUGCCCCUAGGAAGGAGGGUGGCCCACUCAUCACCGGAAACCUGUAGCCAGGUCCACAGGGCUGGAAAACACUCAGAAAGGGGUGUAUGUGUGUGUAUGUGUGCGCGCACAUUGGGAGCCCGCGAUUCUCAGCCCACAUGCGGGUAUCCCCAGAACUUUCCAGGCAUCCAGCCCUGCCCCGAGCCAGUGUGGGGUCAUGAAUGUCUGAAGAGUGGCCUUUUCUUGGAGCCCCACACAUCUUCUCUGUGGCUAGAGGAAGCCAGGUUGGGGCCUUCCCCACCCCAGCCUCUGCAGCAAAUGACUACUGCACCCAGACAGCCUCCAUUUUCUAGAAGCCUAUUUAUAUUGUCAUUUUAUAACACUAGCCCUAUCCCUGGGACCUGGGGAUAGGGAACCCCUGUGUUACAGGGUGGCACAGGACAGAGCCAUUGCCUGAAAAAUUCAGGUUCCUGCCCUGGCAGCACAGCCCUGUUCCACCUUACGCCCCACCCCCAAGUUAGUUUUACAAUUAAAAUAUUUCUUGUUUUU